AUGACAAGUAAUCGUAUUCCAUUACAAACCAGAGACUAUGCAAAUGUAUCAGCCACGGAUCGUUUAGCACUUAGUCGUGCACAACAUCUUCAAUUACGAGAAAUUCGACCGAAAUCGAUCUCGGAUGAUGAAAUUGAUGCUAUUUCAGAUUGGUCUGAUUCUGAUCGUGAAUGCUGUCCAUUGAGUGACUUUGAAACAACGUCAAAUAAUGAGAAAGAAACUGAUGGUAAUGAAAAUCAUAAUAGAAAUAAGUUAUUAGAAGAAAUCUCUCAUUCAAAUAGUCCACUGUUAUCAAGAAAUCGUUUACAUGUUACUGAAAUACCAUAUUCAAUAAUUGAUAAUAGUACAACAAGUACACGGAUAUCGUUUACAAAUGAAAUCGAAAAAUCAAAAGAACAAAUUACUAAAAAUACAUCAGUUAACUCAGUACAAUUACGUAAACAAUCACAACAACCAUUACUACCUGCUCGACGUAUUGAGACAAAACAAGUUUCACCACGUUGUCCAUCAACUCGUUCAAUAAUUACUUCUCAGUUAUUGUAUACUUCCCGUAAUAAUAAAAAAAUCAUGCCAAAUCCAACACGUGUUUAUUUACGUCGUGAAACUACUUCUACUACGAUCAGUUUAAAUACUAAUUUAACCAAAGAUUCAGCUGUAUCAUCAAUUUAUUCAUUUCAAAGUCAUGAUGAAAAUCAAAAUCAUCGACAAAUAAUAUCACCAAAUUUGAGUCAAACAUCCGUACCACGUGCAUAUGAAAUGAAAAAAAUCUUUGUUGAUGAUUAUGAUUAUGGUCGUUUAACUGAUAUAUCAUCAUCACGAUCAUCUCGACCAUGUAGUCGUCAAAAAUGGGGUACAAUUGUACAUCCACCAUUUCCACUUGGUUAUCAACAUAUAGCUCCCGAACAAAUAACACGAGCUGUUGAACGUCUUUCAAGUCCUGUACGAUGUCGUGAUCGACAUACUCGUCUUGAAACACCAUCGAAACGUUAUUUAUCGACUGGAGAAACUGAUGCUUUGGUAAAUCGAUUAAAUAAAGUAAAAACUAUUCGAACACCUGAUCAAUAUUGGCCAGUACAGGAACAAUCAAGAACCGUUAAAACAUUAAAUAAUAACUGGAAAGGUUGUGGCAUAUCAGCAUAA